CCGAGCAAUAUGGUGAACGCGAGCUGUUCGAGCGGUCUUACUACAAAGAGAUUGCCGCCGCUCGGGAGCUGGUGGACAGGCACCGCAGCCAUCGCGCCAAGGAGGUUCAAUCCGAGGUACCAGCGCAUCGAGUUCCUUAAACAGCACUUCUGGAACAGGUUCUCCACUGAGUAUAUUUCUGGCCUGCAACAGAGAACCAAAUGGCAGAGCUCAAGGGGCAAACUCGACGUCGGAACCAUGGUAGUAAUCAAGGACAAGAAUCUACCGCCGCUUAUGUGGCUGCUCGGCCGCAUUGUCCAAGUACUGCCUGGCAGAGAUGGCAUCGCAAGAGUAGCCGACAUAAAGACGAAAAAGGGAGUCAUUCGUCGGGCCUUCAACACAAUUUGUCCUCUACCCAUCCAAGAUCUUGAAGACCCAAGCUCUUCAAUGCCGGGAGUAUAUGUUGGUAACAAUACCGCCGCCGCAUCAAACUGA